UAAAAUAAAAUACACUAUAAUUAUGUUCCACAAUAUCCCUUAAAAAAACUGUGUCUCGAUCUCAACUAUUUUAAUCAUCUAUAUAUAUCUCUUCCGUUCUACUCGGCCCAAAUAUUUCGCCUUAAUCCACAAUUAUACUCUGUUUCGUUAUAUAAUUUUUUUUUAAUAGGAAGGAGCAAUUUUUGGUAGAGAGCACCCAGAUCGAUAAUGGAUGUGUUUGAAAAGAGAGAAAUGGCGGCGGAGAAAGCAAGAGGAGGGGAGGAGGAGGAAGAGGGAGAGGGGCAGAGGUUGUUGUCGGAAGGGGUGACGGUGGUGGAUUUUGAUUUGUUGUGUUCCACGGUGGCGAUGCAAGCACAAAAGGGGCAGUGGGUGAAGUUGAAUUUGAAUGGGGAUGAAGAAAAUGCUAUGGGUUAUGAUUAUGGUGGAGGGGUUUUGAGGAUGUGGGAAGGAGAGCUUUUUUGUGAUUGUCUUGACGACCGUCGAAUUGCUUUUCAGUCUGUUUGCUGCCCCUGGUACAGAUUUGGAAAGAAUAUGAAACGUGCUGGUUUCGGUUCCUGCUUUCUUCAGGGCUCUAUUUAUUUGAUUCUCACUCUUGUUUCUCUCCUAAGCAUUCUGGCGUUCAUUGUCACAAAGAAGCACUGCUUUUUAUAUGUUGGUGGUGCUUUUAUAAUCUUAGUUGGAGUAUAUAUGGGUUAUCACCGCACAAAAAUGAGAAACAAGUUCAAUAUCAGAGGUGAUAGUUCUUUGGAUGAUUGCAUCUUCCAUUUAACCUGUCCAUGCUGCACCUUAUCUCAGGAAGCUAGAACAUUAGAGAUGAACAAUGUCCAAGAUGGCAUAUGGCAUGGUAGAGGUGAUACCAUAUGCGUAGGAAGUUAUUCUGAACUUGGCAAGACUCCAUUUGAACUAAGUCCGCCUGCUAUUGUGUCAACAAAGUCCUGAACCAUAACUCUGCAGAGGGCUUAGGACACAAAAAAGAAUGACAAUAUACGGGUAGCUGUUAAUUCUAGAGUAGAGCAUCCUUCACAUUGUUCUCUCCCAUGAAAAGCCAAGCCUACAAGCGCGGUCCAGAAUUAGCAACAUUCUUUUUCCAGAAUGGAAGAAUUUCAUUAAACUUGCCCAUACAUACAAGGGUAGAAUCUCGUAUAGGUUAUGGCAUGCUAGCUAAGGCACAGAAUGCCGGCUGUUUUUUUGGAAGCAAGGCAUUUUCCAGCGUUAAAGUGGCAAAAUGCUUCAGAAAGAUGUGUUUCCAAUUUUAAAAAUGUAUUUCAAAUAGGAAACUUGCAAGCAAUGUUGUAUAUAUAUAUUAUAUAUAUAUGUAAUAAUAAGCAAGUGCUUCCAAAAAGAAAUGAGGGAGGCAGUUGCGUAUUAAUAACAUAGUUGAAGUUCGUUUUUUUUUUUUAGGAAGAGCACAAGCUUUCGUAUGUAAAUAUUCAAUUGAGUCAAAGAAUGAAGAGAUUCUACUUGUCUCGUGAACUAAAUUCAUGGAGAGAAGAAUUCUCUUCUUGAUCCUACUUACUAGAUUUCUCAUUUGUUAAUGUUGUGGUUCAAUUUACAUUGUAUAAUAUACUCCUUUUAGUCUUGGUUUUCUUUA